UAUGCUUACAUUUAAAAUCCGCGAUGGAGUGAAGCCGCAUAAGUCAAAGCACGAUAUACCGAGGGAUCACUGUACUCAUUAUAUUACUAUAUUACUUUCAACACCAACACCACCACCCCCACCAUAACAGGGUCAUAAAAUUAAAUUCUUUUAAAAAUAAAUCCACUUUAUUGGAAUAAUUGACCUUGUAGAGAAGGAAUCGACAAUCAAACUGCAGAACCACAAACAUUGUAGCAGUUUCUCCCGACUUUUUAACUUAAAUAUUCUUCCAACAGAAAGGAGUUUAACAGUUUUACCAAACAUUUUCAAAACAAUAAACAUUCAGAUCAUGCCCAGCCUCCAAUUUUGUUAUCCUUGUCUGGCAUAUUAAAUAUGGUUGCAGUGUUCAGGAGUGAAACGAUGAUUGUAUGUCAUUAAUGCAAGCUUCUCAAACCUUGUAUCAGACAAUCUGUGCUUUCUUAGGGUGAGCACUAAACCUCCUAAACUGAAAGCCACUCCACAGAUGUGCUAGAAGGGCUUUGAGUGUUGUACUUAAUGUACAUGUUUUUUAUAUUUGAGAACUUGUUCAAAGUAUCAACCUCAUGACCUCACAUCUAUAACUUCUUUUUCUGCUGAGAAGUUGUCCUCAGGCUCUGUCUUAAAUGCAAAUAAGUCUUUUUCAUCAAGGCUGGUUGAUGACACACAGGCAGACCCCCCUGCAGAAGCAAUUGUGUGACCCUCUGCUGUCAGAAGCUCCCUUGUAAGCUCUCUCUGACCAUCAUUUCUCAGUCAUCUGAGUCUGCACUUUGGACAACUGGCAGCUCCCAGAAGUGCAUCUUUACUAUCCAGUACAUCAGCAAAAUGAGUGUGGAUGGCCUGAAAAAUAGAAUUUGAUUUUACUAAUAUUCUGGCCGCAACUGGAGGUUGGGCGGCAAAGGUGCCAGGGUGCCUUGCCCCCCUAGUACAUUAAUGAAAGAAAAAGAAAGGCAGCAGAUUACUUUAUGAAGUUGCUACUCCACUGUUAAUCUGAACAAACCAGCAGCUCCUUCUGUGUAAGAAGGUUCAUUUCAUCCUGACUUAAGUCCUUCUUAAGAUGAACCCAACAGAAGAACUGGCUUCUCUGAACAAAGACGAUGAGUCUACAGCUGACUUGGAUUCUAGUGAGACUUUUGAUUGUCCAAUCUGCCAAGAAGUUCUCAGAAUGCCAGUUAUGACACAAAGCUGCAAACAUGUGUUUUGUAAAAGCUGCUUUCUUACAGCAGUAAGAACCCGAGGACUUCAAUGCCCAAUGUGCCGCGGGCCUGUGAAGGAAAAUGAAAAAAAAGCCACUGCUGUCAGUCGCAGGAUGAAUAUAAAGAAAGGCAAAUGCCGUGCUUGCAAUGCUGAGAUGUACUUUAGCAAAAUGAGAUCUCACUACAAGUACUGCCAGCUGUACAAGGAUGAAUAUGGCAUUCUUCUUGCAACUCCAGUUGUGCCUCGAUCUCAAAUCACAGGCAGAGUGAAUGUACCAAUGAACCGGAGAAGCUAUGAUAACAAUGGACAAAUAAUGCAAAGCUUGAGAGAAACCUAUUCCUGUCCAUACUGCCAACUGAUGGGUCUUUCGGACACAGCGCUACUGUCACAUUGCAACAGUGAUCACACAGGAAAUCACACUUCUGUGGUGUGUCCUAUCUGCUCAUCUAUGCCAUGGGGCGACUCAAACUAUGCAAGCAGAAACUUUGUCGAACAUUUAAAUCUAAGGCACAGAUUCAACUAUGCUGAUUAUGUGAAUAUUCAUGAGGAAGAAGACCUGCAUCUAGAAACUGCUAUUGAGGAGUCUAUUGCUGAGUGGAAUAAUGGCCUGAUUGAACAUCUGGUCUGACCAAAACAACAGCCACAGUCCGCUAUGAAUUCCAGGCACUGAGCAUCGCAGACAAUAAAAAAAGAAAAAAGAAAAAGAAAAAAAUAUGUCAACACAUUUGGUAUUUACAUAGUUGCACUUCUUAUGUCUCAGAUUUUCUAUAUUUUCUUUUCUGUUAAAAUUACACUUUAAUAUAGGUAAACUGAUUUCUAACAUUUUUAUUUUUAGACAUCAAUAACAAAUUGAUAUCUUAUAAACAUGCCGUCUGUACUUUACAUUUUACCCCAAAAUUAUAAUUAAUAAUAAAAGAUUAGACUGAACAUUUUAACUUAAUGAUAUACCUUUUAACAAAUUUUUGGUUCGCUCGUAAUGUUGAAGAAAAAAAAUGUAAUUAAAAACAGCUCUGAAUUGCAUUAAUUAAAGAAACAAUACGAUUUAAGCUUCACAAUAUAAACUGUAGUCUCUUCUCAAUCUAAAUGAAAAGAUUAGCAAUGAAGUGUUUCAUAAACCAUGUAGCAUAUAAUCAAAUGUAUCCCGACAAUACUUGUGCAUUAAACAAUAAUGAAGCCAUCAAAAAUAUUUGGAUAAGACAGCAGGUUUCCCAAGGACCAGAGAGGGGCUUAUAGCAGCGGCUGGGCCACAAGGCUGAAGGCUAGCGUAACUGGUAAAAGGGAGAGCGUCAAUAAGGGAGAACAGCGCAACAGAAACAGAAUACGCAAAUUAAAGAGCUUCCAUCUGAGUUAGGAGACAUAAGAGUGAUCUGAGUGUUAGGUGCAUUUUCCUGUUUACUAAAGUCAAUUCCUUUAACAGAAUGGCCCUUUCCAUCACAUGACUGUGAAAUUAAGCAGUUCUGAUCUUAACAGCCAUAAUCUAGGCUGUUCAAAUGUUCAACGGGUUGUUUAUAGAAUUGACGUCGCCAAUGAGCACUGGUGGGAGGACCACUCUGUGAUGGGCACUUGUUACAUGUGAUGAGACUUAAAGACAUUGUCGCUGUAAACUGUGUAACACUUAGCUGUUCGUUAGCAAAACUCGUCUCACUUUAUGAAACUGGUUUUCCUGGUGAGAGUCAUGGUGGCAGCAGCCCAGACUUCUCUGUUCCUAUUUUACUGAUUUUCUGUCUGGGAAGUUCCCAGGCAUUUCCAAGUCAGUCGAGAGAUGUAAUUCCUUCAGGUUGUCUUGGGUCUGCUGAAGAGUCUAAUAUGCACACAAAGUGAUUUGGUGUCUAGUGUGAAGCGACUGGGAUGAGGAUCAGCAACCGCAAGUCUGGGGUCAGGUCUCUGUUGGAAAAACAAAGUGGAUUUCCCUCUCCAGGUGAGGGAAGAACAACUAGUGGAGGAGUUUAAAUGUCUUGGGAGUUUGAUCACAAGUGAUUAGCAUUAUAUAUAUAUAUAUAUAUAUAUAUAUAUACAAAUAAAAAGGAAAGAGUAGGUAACAUAUAUAUGAGGGGAUGGAGGGAACAAAGCCAGGGCAUAUGAAAGGAGAAAAGGUGAAAGGGGAGAAAAAACUGGGAUUAGAGAAGAAAGGGGAUAUUAAAAAGUUAGUUGACCAUUAAGAUUGGGAGAAAUGUGUGAUCCCAGGCCGAGAAUGAGCCAUGCUUCUUCUGUUUCUGUUUGACAAGUGUCUUUGGAGCCCAGUGAAAGAACACAGAGAUCAGUGUGGCUUUGUGAAGGAAUGUGAAAUGAUCUACUAUAGGCUUUGUGAGGUCUUGGAUCUUAAUGAAACGGUCUGUUAUCCGUCUCACUGUUUCACACGUGUAGAUGAGAAGAUACUUCCUACAACAAAUUCAGUAAAUUAAGACUGGCACAAGGCCCAUUGUUUAAAUUUAAAAGAUACAAGAUUGCCAGAUACACACACAUUUUUAUUACCAAUAUAUACCGUUUAUUUGUAGCAGAGCUGAUGUAAGAGGACAUCGAUGCCACCUGGGCAGGUGUAAAUGUUGUUCGGCAAAGCAGUUUUUGUCUUUAAUGGAGGUACCGUACAUGCCUGUACGUGACUAAGUGGAUAUGUAGUCAUCUACCAUUGACAUCUCCAGUAAUCUUGAUAAUUUGGGAUAACUGUCUGAAAAUGGAAUAGUCAUUCACCAUUCUGUAGCAUGUAAAAAUGUUUAAUGCGGCAGGAGCAAAAUAAAAAGGAGAGAGUGAAAAAUGACGUAGUGUUUUAAAAAGGGGUGAGUGAUCAGACUUAGUUAGGUCCCUAAAUAUUUGGACAGAGACCACUUUUUUCUAAUUUUGGU